AACACUCAGCUCUGCACCUGGCAAUAUUGUUCUGUAUGCAUGUCACAAAAAAAGAGUUGUCAACAAAAGGGAUAAAGAAGAUUGCAAGAAUUUAUUUUGCGAAAUAAUUUAUAGAAAAAAUUUAAACUUAAAUAAUUUACUGUAUAAAUAUCUCGAGUGGUCGAGAAAGCCAAAGGAAAGGCUUUCACAUUUCUAUUUUGGAAACAUUAUUAAAAGUUUAUAGAAAGAAGAGGAAGCAUUAUUGAAAAAAUACGACUUUUUUCGCUGUCCGUAGAUUUUCCUUACAGACUUUUUGAACAUACAACGUAAUGGCCAAUGAAAAUGAUACCCAACAGCAACAGCAGGCAAAUAUCACAGAAUGUCAAGCAGAAGUGGACGGAAAUGACGAUCAUUUUAAGAAUUUUACGCAAAAUGCUGAUGGCGAGAACAAGGAUGAGAGUUCCAAGGUUAAGGUUACUCAUACAAAAGAUAACGCUGAAAAUGAUUUGCCCACAGCAGCGAUAACUAAGUUAAACGACCUAGUAGCUGAUUUAGGUGUAAGCGGCUCAAGGUCUCAAUUACCGGUGGAUUUUGGUGAUUAUACAAAUAUUAGAGCUACAUCUGGACCGAUGGGCGUUAGAGAAGGUUUAGCCACGCAGUUAUCAUUAGAUUCGUGUCAAGAUGCCAUUAAUGCCGGAACGCAGCAAAGCGUUCACCAACAACAGCCACAUCCUACGCAGAAUUCAUCAUUUUCAUUUAAACAUUUUCUCAGCAAUUGUAGCGUAUUAACAGCCCCUUCUAGCACGGUAACCUCUCUGGAUCCUUCUAGCACUGAUAUUGGAAAUAAUGGUACCACCACAAUUACUUCAACAAUGGCCACAAAAUCACUGCAAACUUCAACAGGGGCGCGACCAAAAGUACCUCAAACGAAUUUAGUAUCUUCAGCAGCGACAUCUUCACUUAGUGUGGGUGGAGGGCCUGAUGGAUUGAAUAGUAACGCCUCAAAAAUGAAGCGUUCGCCACGUUUUUCUUCCUUUGAUUCACAAGCAAGUUUGGCGGAAUAUGCCGGUGCAACGGCAACAUAUACAGAUUUAGCCUCCACAGCUGAUAGUUCCACAGAUUACCGUUUAUAUCCAGACGAUCGAGAACAUGAUGGAUUUACUGAUUGGAAUCUACCACCAACAAGUGGCUCUACGAAUACCAGCGCAUCGGAUUAUGAACGUGGAAGCCAAUAUGUGCCACGUUCCUAUUCGAAUUAUGAUAUGCCUCGACCACAGACCUCACCACGUCGCCGUAUCGGUGUUGGAUCCAUUAGAGAAAAUCACCGCCCUACUCGAUUGGCCUUAAAUAUUAAUUCUACGGCUCCUGGAGCAGGUGGCAGUGGCAAUGUUUGUUCAGGGGCCAAACUUAAAUUAGAUUUGCCACUGCAACAGCAGUCAACAAGUCAAAGCGGUAGUGUGAUUAGUUCGGGAGGAGGAAUUCUACGUAAGAACGCCGUUUCUUCCCGACCAGACUUUCCACCGGCUGCUUUACCUCCUGGCGUCGCGGCCGCUUUACCCGAUUUUGUACAAGACCAUUGGAUGGAUUCAUGGUAUUCACAUGACAUGCAUGUAAAUUCUCCACCCACUUCGCCAGCGGGUGGUUUCUUCAGUGAAAUGACAGGUGCAUCUGGUGAUGCAGGGGCUGACAGCGACGGAGGCGUAGUUAAAUUAAAUACUGAAAAUAACAACAGAGACGGUCCGUAUAUAUCAGCCUUAACAGCUAACAGUGCUAGCUUAAGUAUGGGCUUGCCUGAAUCAAAUUCAACAGUAGGAUCGAAAAUGCUGCCAGAUUUCUUAUCCGAUGGUCCUAUUAUACACUCUUCGCAACGUUUGGCCGACAUAGCAACCGGUUUGCCGUCCAACACUGUUGGUUCCCCUGAGGAGCCCACGAUAAGUACUCAAUUAUCCAGGUUGCGUGAUGACAACGAACGUUUGCAAAGAGAGUUAAACGAGAUGCGCAAUGCACUGAAUGAACAAACACGGCGAGCAAAUGAUUUAGAACGUCAGCUAGUGAAGCAGACAGAGAAAACAUCAGAAAAAACACAAUAUCAUAAUAAAGAAGGAACAACAACCAAAUCAUGUAAUGACGAAGACGGAGAAUCAUUCAAAAAAAGGACGUCUACGGUCCACAAUCAUGUGGCUAAAUUAAAGCAACAAAUUAGUCAAUUAACGGCCGAAGUCGAAAUGCUACGUCGAGAGAAAGAGCUAAUGCGUGAGGAAGGUGCUGUUGGUGGUUGUAGUCUACCCAACUGUGAUCGUUCAUAUGCGGCUGCCGCAACAGCUUCAGGAGGUUUGCGUAAUACGCCAGCAGUAGGUAUUCGACCGUCCAGAUCACAACAGAUAGCAAGAGAUCUACAAAGAGCUGCUACAAAUGCCGAAAGCAAUUGCUCGCUGGUGUUGACAAUUUACGUCAAAUGGCAGCAGAUAUUGAAUCUGCGGAUAUCCAAAACGAUUACGACGCAAGUCCAGAUUUGUUUUCCGAUUUUUUGGAUGAAUGCGAUGAUUAUGAAGAAUAUCCGGGAGGACCGGCUUUGUAAGCCGCUAAAAAAAAAAGAAAAUAAAAUAAAUAAAAAAAAGAAUAACAUAAAAUAAGGCCAGAGAGAGAGCACGUACAUUUUACUAAAUAAUUGUUAAGAAAAAAAAAA